AUGCCAUCCCUCCAGAAGCAGAGGAGGAGAAGGCCUUCUUCCCAGGCCCUGAGGAACAUUGUCGGCUGCAGAAUUUCUCACGGAUGGAAGGAAGGUGAUGAGCCUGUCACCCAAUGGAAGGCCAUCGUUCUAGAUCAACUGCCAACAAAUCCUUCCCUCUAUCUGGUGAAGUAUGACGGAAUUGAUUGUGUCUACGGACUGGAGCUCCACAGCGAUGAAAGGAUCUUAAAGCUUAAGGUCUUACCUCACAAAGUAGUGUUUCCUCAAGUGAGAGAUGCCCACCUGGCCAGGGCCAUGGUUGGCAGAGCGGUGGAACACAAAUUUGAGGGCAAUCAUGGCUCUGAGGAUAACUGGAGGGGGGUGGUCCUAGCCCAGGUGCCGAUCAUGAAGGCCUGGUUUUACAUUACCUACGAGAAAGAUCCAGUCCUGUACAUCUACCAGCUCCUGGAUGAUUACACAGAAGGUAACCUCCGUAUCAUUCCAGAGACUCCUCCAGCAGAGGUGAGGUCAGACAUUGACAGUGACGUCUUAAUAGGUAAAUGUGUGCAGUACACCAGAGGCGACGGGUCCAAAAAGGUCGGCAAGGUCAUUUACCGAGUUCUAGCCAAGCCUUCCGUGUACUUCAUCAAGUUUGAUGGCGAUGUCCAUAUCUAUGUCUAUAAUCUGGUGGAAAAGAGCCAUUAA